AUAGCCGCCAUGGAAAUGCUGUCAAUGGGCUCGCGCUCGCUCAACCACUCCAAUAGCGAUGCCGAAGCAGAGUACGACCGUCUCCGCGAUCUCGCCCGCCAGGAAGCUGCAAAGCGCAGUUCCUGCUUCGACCGCGCCCACCAGGCCUACGAAUCCGGCGACGGCGCGCGCGCCCACGAGCUCUCUGAAGAAGGAAAACAACAUGCCGCAAAGAUGGAGCAAUACAACCGUCAAGCGCGCGACUACAUCUUCCGCGAGAACAACGCAAACGGCCAUGUGCAAGACGACACGAUCGACCUGCACGGUCUCUUCGUUGAGGAGGCCGAGGACGUGCUCGAGGAGCGCAUCAAGGCCGCGCGAAGUCGGGGCGAGGACCACUUGCACGUCAUCGUGGGCAAAGGAAACCACAGCCGCAAUCAUGUGCAGAAGAUCAAGCCCAGGGUUGAGCAUGUCUGCCGCGAACUGGGUCUCCAGUACCAGACCGAGGAGAACGAGGGUCGCAUUUACGUAAACCUCCAGGGCGGCGCCGUACACAGCAUGCCUCCCCCGCCGCAGCAUCCGCAGUAU